AUGCACGUGGUGGAUGAAGUUCUCAUUGCUCCAAAGGGAAAUCUUUUCAUGACGCUGAAGAGGAAUCCAAAUUUUACGAUUUUCUCUGAUUUCUUGGCCCAAACCGGUCUUGACAAGGAACUGGAAAACGGACCUUACACCGUUUUUGCCCCCGGUGACGAUGCUUUCAGGAAGCUGGGUAACGAAACUUUGCAACGUUUACAUAACGAUCAAGAUAUUUUAGAAGAACUUUUAAAAUAUCACAUUGUCCAUGGUGUGCUCUGGAGGGCCGGCAUGCACAGUACCUAUCUUGAAACUUUGGUCCCACAUGACAAAAUUUUCAUCAGAAAAUCUUUCUUCGGUUUCUUAAGUGUGGAGAAUGCUUUAAUAAUAAGUCGAGAUAUUCCAGCUACAAAUGGUGUUAUUCACGAAAUCCACAAAGUCCUGGACAUUGAACAUCUGAGAAACAACAUUAUCGGUUAG